UGCCAACUUCAUAAUCUUAUUUCUUAUAACUGAAACUACUUUUGUUCCCAUUAAUGUCAGUGAGGGUCAAUGCAACCGAUGAUUCACUGCCAAGAUCAACCAGAAAACACAGCAAGAGGAGACAUGUCAAUUCAUUUGCCGAGCCUGAUUAUAAGUAUCAUGUGGACAUAACUUCUACGGAAAUGACACAAGACAGAAGCAGGGACUUUUUUCAGCAGGAGAAUAUUUCACAUGGUUCAGGGAAAUGUAGAAAUAUAUCAAAAUCAUCUUUGAUGAAACCCUCCCACCACUCAAACACUCCUUUCCAGAAAAAGUCAACCCCAGACCACAAUUGGUGGUCUGAGGAAAGAUACAUGUCAGUUGAUAUAAAUUCAGGGUCCAGUUCUUUCCGUCAAAAUUAUUAUCCACCAGCAGGCUCUAAGCCUUUAUCUCGAGAUCCUUUCAUUGCAUUUGAUUCCCCAGAUUUGGAUGCCACAUCUUCCCAGCACUGUGAACCUGUAACAAGUUCACCUUCAGGCAGUUUUAUCUCGCAGAGAUUUGCAUUUCAUGAUUCUCCUCCUGUGACCUCUAACAUUGGUUUUGGACCAAGAAAAUCAGAUCUUUUAGCAUGCUCACAUGAUCAGACCCCAUCUCCUGAUUUUUCAGCACAGGAGAGUUUUAGCAAGGCCGAGGAGGGGAAAUCAAAAUUCCAGCCUAAAGAGAAUUCUAGGCAGGAGCAAGAAAAUGCUAUUCUGAAGAACUUGUUCAAGGUAAGUGAAGAUGCAGCAAGUGCUUUACAAUCAAAGGACAAAAACAGCGUAUGCAGUAACGCCAGGGAUGAGGAUUCAGGACUAGAGGAAAGUAUAAAAGCAACCUAUAUGCCUGACCAUGCAGAGGAGGCAUCAUCAUUUCUGAAGAGCCCAGAUAAAGUUCAAAAUACAGUGGAUGAAAAAGUAGAAUCCCAUCACUCAGGAAUUCCUCUUCCAUGUCAAAGUCGGAACAAAGAAAUGGAAGAUUCUGAGCCUCAGGAAAUAAAGAGGGAAAUCAAACGACAAAGUGAAUUCGCUAACUCAUCUUCCCAGGUUAUGAUGCUUCAGAGCUAUGUUCUUCAGUUUCUCUGUGUGCAGAAGGUAUUAAAGGAUGCAGCUGCACAGAGUAACAUGAAGAAUACGUAGCAUCUUUGGCACGUCAGGUGGAUAUAUUCCCUUGUUAAUAUCAUAUAAUGUGUAAUCAAUAACUGAAUUAGAAGCUGCCAUCAGAUCUAGUAGUAAUUUGGAACUUCUGUUGCUACUAAAAAUGCUAUCUAAUGUCCAUUAUAAGAGUAACACAAAGGAGCAGAAAGGAAGGGUCGAGUUCUUUCGACUGUAUACAAAUGAAUUGAAAGUAGGAGUUGAAACAAAACAAAAAAACAGGUUACAAUGAAUCAAGCAAGGGUUUGACGUAUGGAUGUGA